AGCUACGUCACAUGUUGUGUUUCACUCGCAGAAAGUCUUCCUGGCUGCGUGUAGCAGCCGCUCAGCAGCAGUGACAGCAUGACAUACAAUGCGAAGAUAGGUCCGUCCAUUCUGAGCAGCGACCUGUCCUGCUUGGGCAGCGAGUGCGUCAGAAUGAUGGAAAGUGGCGCAGAUUAUUUGCACCUGGACGUCAUGGACGGGCACUUUGUCCCCAACCUCACAUUUGGUCAUCCGAUGGUGGAGUGUCUGAGGAAGUCAGUUGGCCAAGAUCCUUUUUUUGACAUGCACAUGAUGGUGUCCCGGCCGGAGCAGUGGGUGAAGCCCAUGGCUGCAGCUGGAGCCAACCAGUACACCUUUCACAUAGAGAGCACCACCAACCCUGGAAACCUCAUUAAGGAGAUCAGAGAGAGCGGUAUGAAGGUGGGUUUGGCAAUUAAACCCGGCACUACAGUAGAAGAGCUGGCCCCGUGGGCUAAUCAAAUCGACAUGGCUCUGGUUAUGACUGUUGAACCUGGUUUUGGAGGACAAAAGUUUAUGGAAGAUAUGAUGCCCAAGGUGAGCUGGCUGAGGAGUCAGUUCCCCUCUUUAGACAUAGAAGUAGAUGGAGGCGUCGGCCCUGACACAGUUCACAAGUGUGCAGAGGCCGGAGCUAACAUGAUCGUGUCGGGCAGCGCUGUGAUCGGCAGCGACGACCCUCGCUCGGUCAUCGCGCUCCUCCGCACUGUGGUGGCCGAGGCAAUCCAGAAGCGCUCGCUGGACCGCUGACGUGCCUCGUUUGUGAAUCCGCCCCUCCACAGUGUUGUUCCACAUGCCCUCUUUCCACACACACAGCAACACAUCACAGCAGCCGGAGAAAUGACUCAGAACGGACAUUUCUGGGGUAGAAGUUGCUCACAGUUGGAUUGAGGGUCAUCUUUUAUCAGCUGAAAGGGAAAAAAGUACCAAAUCAGAUGUGAUUGAAGCUGUGUUCUGCCUGUUUAAACUUGAUCCUCUCCUGCCACCGUUUCCUUUUUAUUAACUCGAACCGAGUCUCUUUGGCACAGGGACGAUUACAGGACUAGAGCAAAGUUUAUGCUGAUUAACCCCCUAAACAUUCCAGAGCAUUGUCUUAAGUAAAAACCCAAUAAAGUCACCCAAGAUGG